AUGGCUGUAGAAGAAGAUCCACUGUCAAUUGGAAUUGAUUUAGGAACUACAUACGCUUCUGUUGGUUAUUAUGACAUUGCUAGAAAAGGACCUGUCUUAAUUCAAGAUGAACGAGAUAAAGAACAGGUAGCGUCAUGGAUUAGUCUUUCACAAUUAGGUGAUAAUGGUAAUAUGAUUAUAGGAAAUAGUGCUAAGGAUGAUAUUCACAAUGAAUGUAUUAUUUAUGAUAGUAAGAGAAUUAUAGGAAGAGGGCUAGGUGAUAUAAAUGAUAAGGACCUUGCAAAUUGGCCAUUUAAAGUAAAGGAUAGAGAAAAUGGAAGUGUUUAUAUUGAAUCUUACAAUCCAUUAACUCAAGACAACGAAGAAUUUGAACCCGAAGAAAUUAGUGGAAUGAUACUAAAGUAUUUAUAUGAAAUUGCACAAAAAAAACUUGGUAAUCGUCCAAUAUCAAAUGUUGUUGUUACUGUUCCAGUUGAUUUUAAUGAUAAACAAAGAGAUGCAACAUUAACAGCAUGUGAAUUGGCAGGAAUUAAGAAUGUUUCAAUUGAAAAUGAACCAACAGCGGCUAUUACUGAAUACAAAAGAGAAUAUUCAAAUUCGUUAAAAAAUGGAAAUAAAGUUGUAGUAAUUGAUUUUGGAGGAGGAACAUUAGAUGUGUGUUGUUGUAAAAUAUCAAAUGAUAGUGUUAUUGUAGAAUCAAGUGGAGGUGAUCCAAAUUUAGGAGGAAAUGAUUUUGAUAAUGUGAUGAUUGAUAUUAUUAAAGAAAGAGUAGAAGAAUGGAUUCCAGGAUAUUAUAGAAAUAAACGAGGAAUGACUCAAAAAGAAAAGACAGUAUUCAGAAAGAAAUUAAUAAAAUUAAAAAAAGAAGCAGAAAGAAUUAAAAUUGGAUUAAGUGAUAAAGCCAAUAAAUUAGCUCAGCAAAAUAAUGGAACUUCCAAACCAGUAAAUGUAGAUAUGGAUUUAGAAUUAGAGAAUUUAUUAGACAUGGAUGAAGAAGACGACUUUAGUUGUGCUCCUAUUUCAAGUAGUGAGUUUGAUAAAAGAUGUGAAAAUAGUGGAAUAUAUAAACGGUUUGUUAAUAAAAUAACAGAAGUUACUCAAAGAAAAGGAUACAAAUCUGGAGGUGUUCAGUUAGUAUUGUUAAUCGGUGGAACAAGUAAGAUCCCAAAAAUUAGAGAAAAAGUUAGUGAGGUAAUUGGUGGAGCGGUAUUUGCUAAUAAUAACUUUAAUCCACUUACUGCUGUUGUAAAAGGAGCUACAUAUUCGGCAUAUAAAAAAGGGGAAAAUGCUAUUGGUAAAGAAGUUAUAUAUGAUAUUGUUCCAACACCAAUUGGGAUAGAGGUAGAAGGUGGAAAAUUUGAUAUGCUUAUUGAAGAUGGAAAAACACUUCCUACAUUGGGAACAACUAGACGAUAUUGUACAACUCGAGAUAAUCAAACUAGUGCGGAUUUUAUAAUUUAUCGAGGAUUUGGUAGAUAUGUUACUUCAAUUGGAAUGGAAACUAUUACAAAACUUAGCAUUAAUGGAAUCCCAACUGCAAAACGUGGAGAACAAAAAUUUGAAUUUACAAUUCAAAUUAAUCAAAAUGGAAUGAUGGAAAUCAGUGCCUCUCUUAUUGGAGGUGAUAUUAAAAAAGAUUUAAGUGUUACUCUUGAUUUAUCUAAAAAAAGAGAAGAAAUUGAAAAACUAAAAGAACAUUUUUCCAAAUUCUAUUAA